GCAAAGUUCAACAGGAGCUGCUGGUCGUCUUCCACUCCUCCUCAUCCCUCUGUCGACAACACAUCGCGAUACCGUCGCGCCAUCGCCCAUCAUGUCGCUCGUGUCCGGCGAGAAGACGAACUUCCAGUACAUUCUGCGUCUGCUCAACACCAAUGUUGACGGCAAGCAGAAGAUCAUGUACGCUCUGACCAAGAUCAAGGGUGUCGGUCGCCGUUACUCCAACCUGGUCUGCAAGAAGGCCGAUGUCGACCUCAGCAAGCGUGCUGGUGAACUUACCACCGAAGAGCUCGAGCGUAUCGUCACCAUCAUGCAGUCCCCGACUCAGUACAAGAUCCCCUCGUGGUUCCUGAACAGACAGCGUGACAUCACCGACGGCAAGGACUCCCAGGUUGUCUCCAACGGUCUGGACAGCAAGCUCCGUGAGGACCUUGAGCGCCUCAAGAAGAUCCGCUCCCACCGCGGUCUCCGUCACUACUGGGGCCUCCGCGUGCGCGGCCAGCACACCAAGACCACUGGUCGCCGUGGCCGCACCGUCGGUGUCAGCAAGAAGAAGGGCUAAGCCUUACGCCUCUUUCUUUCAAAAUUCCUACGUUUCCCCUCGUCACGGAUAUGUGUGUGUUCCUCUUUACUUGCUGGAAUGGGUUUGGGGGUUCUUCGUUGUUUUGCCGCCCCUCGGGACCUUACAUGAUGUGGUGUUUGUGAAAUGUUUCCAAAAAGGACACCGGUCUCAGAAAAUAAAAUGAAUAUCAUACCAAUACACUAGAA